UCAGUGCAAAUGUAAAAACGUUGAUUUCAUGGGCAGUAAGUAGGCAAACGGUCCUUUUUAAGGUAGCGAUUACAUUAUUUCGCCAACAGAUGGCAACAUCAAAUCCAUGGAUCUCUAUGGUGCUUUGAAGUGUUCCUCGUUAAUAUUUCAUUAGGAGAGCAGCGCAGUUAAAUAAAUAAGUAGAUAAAUACAAUUGUGCAUGGCAAAUAUAUAAACCUAAAUAUUUAAUUGUUUGCCCUAGUGUCAUUGUAUCACUUGAGCCACUUAUUUAUCUGAGCUGUAAUUGUUUGCAGUGAGCGUAAUUGUUAGUUUAGUCACUAAAAUAAUUUGCAGGCUUUUAAAGUGAAGAAGGAAGGAUGAUUAGACGUUAAAGUCCAUUUAAGGACACAGUAAUUGCCACUGUCAUUCUAAUGAGACUCUAAGUAGUCCAAGCAUGUGUGCGUUGGCCAAACACAUCCACUAUACACAGUCUAUAAACACGUAGGAUAUUUUGAAGCUAUUUUCUUCGUAUCUUUUUGGUCUGGACUUGAACGCAGCACUCAGCACAGCAGGCUCUUCUCUGUAUGAGAAUAUGCCUUCUGGGGAAACUGUAACAAGUGCUUCAAGCAGCUUCUGGAUGAAGCCCCUCGGGCGUCUGAUGGUUCUCUCCUCUCUGUGUUGUGUGAUUUCUGGAUACGCUGAGAGAGAUAGAGUAAAUGACUUGAUGUCCAGAUAUCCUCUCAUUGAUGGUCAUAAUGACCUAGCUCUCCAGCUGAGGAGAUUUCACAACAAUCGGCUGAGCCAAAUUGACCUUCAUAAUAUUAGCAAAGUGUCCACCGACAUCAACCGUCUCCAAGUGGGCCAUGUACAGGCACAGAUGUUUGCAGCCUAUGUGAUAUGUGGGGCCCAGGAUAAGGAUGCUGUGAGGCUGGCUCUGGAACAAAUAGAUGUGGUCAGACGCAUGUGCACUGAGUACCAGGACUUUGUGCUGGUCACAUCUGCCCAGGAGCUGAAGAACGCUAAGAUGAGGCAUAAGAUAGCCUGUCUGAUAAGUGUUGAGGGGGGCCACGCCAUUGAUAGCAGCCUGCCGGCCCUGCGGAUGUUUUACCAGAUCGGGGUCCGCUCCAUGUCCCUCACACACACCUGUAAUACUCCAUGGGCUGAAUCAUCCUCAAAACUCCACAAUGUUUAUCAAAGACAGAACAACGGCCUGACGAACUUUGGGAAGGCCGUGGUGGAGGAGAUGAACAGACUGGGGAUGAUAGUGGACCUCUCCCACUCUUCAUGGGACACGGCCUCGGCUGCGUUGAAUCAUUCCAAGGCUCCUGUUAUUUUCAGUCAUUCAUCUUCCUUCUCCAUCUGUAACCAUGAACGCAACGUACCUGACUGGCUGCUGCACGAUCUGAAAAAGAAACGGGGGUUGAUCAUGGUGAAUCUCCACAGCCAAUUCAUUUCCUGCAGAGAUGAAGCGAACAUCUCUCGUGUGGCUGACCAUUUUGACCACAUUAAGAAGAUGGUUGGAGCUGAGUCGAUAGGGAUUGGAGGGGACUAUGAAGGUGCUGUGAGCUUUCCUCAGGGGUUAGAGGAUGUGUCAAAGUAUCCCGACCUAAUCCUGGAACUUCUGCGAAGGAACUGGACUGAGAACGAGUUGGCUGAUGUGCUUCGAAAGAACUUCCUGCGAGUGUUCGAGGAGGUGGAGAGGGUCCGUGAUCAGUUGGUUGUGAACCGGCCCAGUGAGGUCCAGAUCUCCGUAGAGGAGGUGCGCAACCCUUGCAGGCUGGUGCUCAGACCUCCUAACCCAAGAGGGUCCUUUGAGAGUCCCUCCUCCACAGCCCAACAUGAACCAAAAGCUCUGCUUAUCAUCGCCACAGUUCUGCUGCUUUCCAGUCUACUUAUGAUCGAGUGAAGAUAUGAAGAAAAUCAGUUCAGCUCCACUUUCUUUUUUAAAGUGCCUCUACUUUUCGAGAGCUUAAUGAGAUUGCUGUAGCCGUUUGUAGGCCAUCCCAGCACUCGACAGGUCAGUGAAGAUAAGGAGAGAAUCACUUUAUUUCCAACAAAUAAAAAAGAAGCAUUUAACCCCAACCUCUGUAUAUACAGUAAGCUAUACAUAGAUAUUAACCAUCAAUCCUCUGAAAGGCACUUAACCAUUCAUUUUGGAAUGUAUUUAAAAAUAUUUUUAAUUUGUUGCUGAAUUUUUUGUAUCUUUGCUGACAAAUGGCAAGUUGUUUGAAAUCUGUAUUUAAAUAUUUUUUUAAAUCUAUUGUUGACCAGUGAGGUAAACACUUCAGUGCAAUUAAAUGUACAAUGUUGCAUUAUCAUCAUAUAAAUAUCACACUCACUAUGUAUUGCUAUACUAAUACGUAAUAAAGGUAUUGUAUGAAGCGCUUCAACAAAAUGUUACAGCUGCAGCGGUUUAUAAACAGGUUGUUCUUUUUAUUUUGAUUCACAAAAUGUGCAUUUUAUUGUGCACUGUACUGCCCUUUGGCCAAACAGAAAACUGCUACACGAAGAGUUGUAUGAAUGUUUUAUUAACUUCUACACCAUGUGCAUGAUUUCUUCACAUAUCCAUGUUGACGUAAUGCUUAACUAAAAGACUGCCAAUAUAAAGUCUCCAUUUAAAGAGCAUGUGUGUGCCAAAGUUUUAAUUAG